GUUUUUCCCACUGUCGGGACGAUUCUGGAGGUCAGCUGAGGCGUCAGAAGAGCCCUGUGACGAGAUUGGUGGCUGAUCUUGACGUUUUCUGAAGAGCCCCAUUGCAGCGUUCCUGCGGAUCUGCCAAUGUGAUCUCGAUGCGUCUGUGGACGAAUCGGGUGUUGGAGGUGGUGACCAUCGCCGUGUUUUCUGCCCUGUCGCUGUGGCAGGGUGCCCUUCUCCUCCUCAACCACAGGCAACACUUGUGGACUGCGACAAGCCAGGCCGGGAUAACGACAGCGGGGGACACGUCGGCAGCGCCUGUCCAUGAAGGCGUUCCCAACACGAAGGAGCCGUUGCAACAGCAGGGCGACACAAGAAUGGGUAACAGAAAUCACGAAAACAAGACGAUGGAUGGCGAACGGGCGGAAAAGGCUGGGGAGAGGAGGUGGCGGGACGUGUUUGUCGUUACCGGAGCAGACAGGAAACAGUACCAGGUAGGUAGGGUAGGUCAGUCAUCAUUCCAAACAAGCACAGCGCACGAGGGAAAGCGGCAUGGAGGCUGGCUUCUCUUCCUUCGGUCUUCCUCCCCCGAUGUUUCCUUCAGGCCAUCUUGGCCCUGGUGCGCUCCAUAUCUGAGAGUGCCCGGAGCUCAAUCAGCCGUAGGCGCCUCAAUAUUGUCGUGGCAGUGGAGCGACAAGACCAGCACUGCAUGACCAAGGCAAGGCAGGCAGGCCAACUUUCAUCAGACGAGAGGAGGACUGUGCUGUUGUGCUGUUGCAGAUGCUUGAGUGCGGUGGCUAUGCCGUCAGCGGCAGUGCGCCGAACGCCACUCUCCCUCAUCUGUCGUCAUCGCAGUCCCUCCGCGUGUUUGUGCUGGGCAUCAGCCCGACAGAGGUGCGGCUUGCAGCGGGGCAGCACUCGCAGGUUGGUUAGAUGUAGAGAGCCUCUGGCGGACGCAAGAGGGCUAUGGUUGGCUGUCUGUGUGCAGGUGCUGUUCAACUUCGUCCGUUUCUAUCUGCCUGAGCUGCUGCCCACGGCCGCCAAGGCCAUAUGGCUAGACGCAGACAUGCUCGUCAAGGUAACGAAAGGCAAGCGCCCGGAACAAACAUCGCCAUACCAUGUCGCACAACGCUGUCCUCCUCUUUCAUUCAGUCGGACAUCACAUGGCUGGCAGGCAUGUGUUUUGUCGACGACCGAUCUCGUGAGCACGUCGGCCUUGCAGCUGUGAAGCGUGAGGGCUUCACGUUCGUCAAGAAGUUCCGCAACAAACCCGCCUUCGAAGAGGUCCUGCGAGUGCAUCUCAAAGUCGACACCUCCAAGAGCAUGUUUAAUGCAGGCAGGCGACAGAAGCCCUGCCUGCCCAUAACACACACAAAGAUCAUCGCCUACACACCCACGUAUGCAUGGUAUGGCCAUCUGUGGGUGCAGGUAUGUGUGUGCUGAAUCUGGAUUACUGGCGCCGUCACCGGCUGACGGAAGAGGUGGAGCGUUUGGUGUAUCGCAUGAGGUCGCUGGGAGUGGGGCGGUACGGCGGGCAGUCGACCGUGGAGAGCAGCCAGAUCCCGCUGUGCGUCCUGUUCGCCAGCAGACAGGUCCAGCCUCUGUCAUGGAAAUGGAACUCACUGCACUUCGGCUGGAGCAAGAAACUCAGAUCGCGGGUGGGAAAGAGGGAGAGACACGGACGUGCUGUGCUGUGCUGUGCUGUGCUGCGAGCGCGGCAAGCCAUUGUGGUGUUUGUCCUCGUGUCGUGUCAGGUGAGGGCAUCGAGAAUAAUGCAUUUCAACGGGUAUUACAAGCCAUGGAGCCCCGAUGGGCUGUACCAGGACGUGUGGCGGGCAUACUUUGACCCAAUCAGCCACUGCUACAGACACUGUCUUUGACCGUCUCGAUCAGGUCCAAACCGUUGUCUCUUGGCAUAUCUCUUGGCUGAACACAUGAGCACAACACACCGAGGCCUUGCCGUAGGUCACACGCGGAAAGUGGGCUGGAGGGGAAGGACGUGUG